GGGGGAGAGUCUAGCAGUCAGGACCAGAAGAACAACUACCCGGUUAGACUGACCGUCCAGAUCCUACGAGACCCCCUCCUCAACACUCAUGGACUCACCCUGACACCUCAGACACCCAUACUGGUGCAGGACGUCACCCCAGCGGGGCCGGCUGAUGGAAGGCUAGUCCCUGGCGACCAGGUCGUAAAGAUCAACAAUGUGGCCGUCGACGACCUGACCCCAGAGCAAGCGGCUGACCUCAUCAGGGAGUGUCAGUACUCUGUGAUGAUAACGGUCCUCAGAAACUCAGCGGGACCCAAGUCUUCCUUCAUCACCCCAGAGAAGAGAGCUAAACUCCGGUCCAACCCAGUCAAAGUUCGCUUUGCUGAGGAGGUUGAAGUCAACAGUCACUCUCAGGGCAACUCGCUGCUCUUCCUCCCCAACGUUCUAAAGGUGUAUCUGGAGAACGGACAGACCAAGGCCUUCAAGUUUGAACCCAACACCACUGUCAAGGACAUAGUGAUGACCCUGAAGGAGAAACUGUCUCUGUCUCGUAUCGAACACUUCUCUCUGGUUCUGGAACAGAAGUAUAGCAUCAGUAAACUACUGUUACUACAUGAAGAGGAGAGGAUACAACAGGUGGUUCAUCAGAAGGAAGUCCAUGACUACAGGUGUCUGUUCAGAGUGUGUUUUAUACCCAGAGAACCUGAGCACCUGUUACAAGACGACCCCACUGCCUUCCAGUACCUCUACCUGCAGGGUAUAAAUGAUGUGCUACAGGAGCGUUUUGCGGUGGAGAUGCGUUGCAACACGGCCCUGCGUCUGGCAGCCCUGCACAUACAGGAGAGACUAGCCAGCUGUGGACAGUCACCUCGGACCAAACUCAAGAUCAUCACGAAAAGUUGGGGCAUUGAGAACUUUAUCUCUUCAACCCUCCUGAGGAACAUGAGGGAGAAGGAUCUGAGAAAGGCCAUUGGCUAUCACAUGAAGAAGAGCCAAUCACAGGAGCCAAAGCAGAAGGUGCUGUCGGCCAAUCAGGCGAAGAUUAACUACCUGGAGGAGCUGUGUGACCUCAAGUCCUUUGGCGGGAAGUCCUUCAGCGCCACCAUGAUGCUCCAGGACAGAGAGUCGAUGGUGACCCUGUUGGUGGGGUCGCGGUACGGUAUCAGUCAGGUGGUGAACCACAAACUGAGCAUCAUGACCACACUCACAGAGUUCAGCAGUAUCACACGCAUAGAGCUGCUGCCAGAGUCUGACCGUGUUAGUCUGGUCAAGAUAUAUCUACAGGACAUCAAGCCUAUCACCCUGUUGUUGGAGUCAGUAGCAGCUAAGGAACUGUCCUGUCUGGUGGCAGGGUACUGUCGUGCCCUAGUGGACCCCAGCCUCAUCAUCUUCCCCUGGACACAGGACGCCAAGCAGCACCGUGUGUCCGCCGAGGAGGGUUAUGUGUCGCGGUGUGGCAGUGACUCGGACGAUUCCUCCGACAUGGACAUGGACACUCUCAUCUCCCUUGUAUCCCAUAACAACAAGCGAACCACAUCAGACCCUGUCGGUCUACGCCGGAUUAUGGAGGAGAGGAAAGAGGAGAGGAAAGAGAGGAAGGAGAGAGAGGAGAGGAAAAAGAAGGGAGAAGGAGAACAAGAGAAAAAUAUGAAAUACGGAACUAUGUCUCCACUGAGAAAAAACAGAGAGAAGGAGAGAAUUGAGGAGAAGGUGGGAGGAGUUGGGGACCAGAGAAAGAAAGACACUGGGGGAGAGGCGAAGUCCGAGAAACAACGAGGUGCAGAGAACAGAGGACUGCAGGAAGACGACAGAGAAAGAGAGGACGAGAGCGCAAAGAAGGAAAGAGAAGGAGAGGAGAGGAAAGGAGAUGAGGAGGCGUCAGACUCGUGUCGUACUGACUCUCGUUUCAUGACCAGCAUCUCCAGUGACUCCCUGGAUGCUCUGGAGGAAGAUGACCUGAUCGCCUGCUCUUCCUCCCUCCCUCACCCUCACCCUCCCUUCCGCCUCACAGUGGAGCCCCCCAUCCCCAGCCUCACCCACGAGGGGGUGCAUCCUCACCCCAAGGAGGGGCAGGAGAGUGGAGAGGAGAAGGAGAACCUGAACUAUGCUGAGCUCUCUCUCAUGCUGGAGUACCUCCCCAGUCCUCCGGAGAGAGACGCAAGGCAUUACUACAAUAUCUGCCCUAAUGUUACCCCUGACAGCACCCGCACCCGCAGCCUCACCCACCCUCACCCUGAGACUGAGGAAGAGGAGGGUGGUGGUGAGGAGGAAGAGCAGGGGGCGCUCCUAACCCUGGAGCCUGUGCCCAUCCUCCAGCCGCCUCCAGGGUUCGGGGACAGCAGUUCUGACGAGGAGUUCUUUGAUGCGAGGGAUCGGUUUGCCUCGCCUGAAGACCCAACAUCAGGGACUGUGUCCCGAGUCUCCUACCCUGGACCGGACCAAAACCAGGAGCGGAACAGGGACUGGAACCCAGAUCACAUUCCUGAUCAGUAUCCGGACCGGGCACAGAACCGGACAGAGAGUUCAGAUGAAAGCCAGCAGCUGAGUCUGGACCCAGAACCCUCUGAGCAGAGCCAGAACCCAUGUCCUACUGUCUCUUCUCUGAGCCACGCCGAGGGGGAGGCGUCCCAGCUCGAGUCCAAGCCUAUCCUCACCAAGCCCAGCCCAGAGGGGUCCCAUCGGGGACCUGGAGAGCCAUGUGUGCCUGGUAACCCAAAGGGAGAUCCACGGGCGCCUGAUAACCCGAAGGCUAACCUCCAUAGGAGCUCCAGGAGCAGGCGGCAGUCCAUGGAGACGGAGCCUGACGUGAUGGAGUCCAAAUCGGUCACUGCCCUGGUGACGGCAGCCUCCCUCUCCAUCACGGCUGUCCGCUGUAGAGUAGAACCAGACGGCAAGGAGAGCACUGAUCGGAGAGGAGACGGGGAGGAGGUGGAGGGAGAGAUGGAGGAGGAGGAGGGGGGCGGAGAAGCAGGACCAUUCACAUGCUUCCUCCUCCGGCCUUGCUCACCGGGCAUCAUCGGGCAAAGCCUCUCGGCCUCCACAUUACGGGGGAAGAUCCAGAACCUGCCCCUCUAUUUAUCUCGCUCCCAGGAAACCCUCACCCUCUCUGGGGUGGGAAGCCCCAACAGGAACCCUUCUCCGGAGACCACCAGCAACAAGACUGAGGUAAUGGUCACCACCGAAACCACCAAGGACGACGAUGUCACAAAAUUGGUGACAGUGGAGGAUUUGGAAGAUUCCGGGGUGGCGUUGGCAGAGUCGGAUGAUUCCGAGGUUACGCUGACAGAAUCGGAGGUUGGCGAGGUUGUUGUGGAGACGGCCGGGGCGGAAAUCACGAGGUUGACGGUUUCGGAGGUCAAGGAGGUGGUCGAGAAGGUUGUGAUGGUCUACGGAUCCUCCCUUCCUCCCCCUUUAGCACCCAUCUCUCUUGAGUCCAAACCAGAUCAUCCCAAAAUGAUUGUCAAGUUGCCUACCUGUCCCAUUGCUACAGUGGAAACUGCCCCUCCUAUGGCUCCUGCACCUAUCUGUCUGGAGCUCAAACUAGUCACUGAACUACUCUCCCCAGGCCCCACUAUCCACAAAAUGCCCGCCCCAUUAACUUCCUGUCCUUCCUCUCCCGUGCCCAUACGCGUAGAGCCCAAACCAGACCAUGAACCACUAUCCAUACGCUCCAAAAUGGCCGCCUUGUCAGUAGAACCCAAGCCAGAGCCUUGCCCUGAACCCCUAUCAGGCCCCAAAAUGUCCGCUCCAUUGGUUUCCUGCCCCUCUGCUAUAGUGGUGACCACACAGAGUCUGAACGGACCGGGGCUCAGCUUCCCUGGUUAUAACAUGAGAGGACGGCCAUUUGGGAGCAACAGCUUCUGUAAACCCCCAGGUGAGGAGGCAGGCCUGCUGAACACUCUGACUACAGGCUGUGGGGUCUUCACCUCCACCUGUGAGACCCAGCCCAACCAGGCCCACAUGGAAUCCUAUUCCCCAGCAAAGCCUGAUUUUGGGUGUAGCUCGGUGCUGGCAUCAGGGUGCGAGACGGUCCUGGAGGGGGUGCAGACGCCCCUGGAGGCAUGCAGGUGUCCGCCACCGCUGGUUUAUACCAACUGUUUCAGCGGGGGUGACAGCUUCGACGAUGAGUUGACAUUUCCUCGCUCCAUCCUGCCCCCCUCCUCCUCCAUGGAGCUCACCCCUCUCCUCUCCCCACUCCUUUCCCCGUCCAACUGCUUCUUGUCCCAGUCAAGUCUCCAUGAUGAUAUCAGCCGACUACGCCACCGCCGCUUCCCACCGCCCCCCGCAGGGUUCCAGACCAUCCGGAGUGACGUGGACGAGCUUCUCACCCUCCUGCAGGGGGGGAGGAUGGGGGGGAAAGGGGGGAGGCACCCCAGGGAGACCUGCGCCACCCACUUCUCAGAAAACAAGCGUCUUCUCCACAUGGAGGCCCGGAGGCUGAUGGCCGGCUGUCAGAAGGUGGUCCGGGUGGGGCAGACCCCGGACGAGAUGCUCUUCUCCCUCUCCGACAGCUUCAGGACCCUGGUGGGCAUGGCCGGCAUGUGCCUGUGGUUCUCCGGGUGCGACCGGUGCGACCGGAGGAAUGCCGAGGCACUAGCGGGGCUGGCGGACGUGGCCAGAACGUACCGGGAGUUUGUGCUGGCAGCGGAGAGGGCGAGCGGGAGGCGGAGCUGUCAUGACCUCAGCACCAAGCUUCUUGCCAAGCAGUGUACUGCCCUCACUGCUUCCGUCUUCUGCCUCACACAGCUGUUCCGCACACUCACCGCCCUCUGAACUGAACCAACGAACUCUGACCCCUAUAACAACAAAGAGGUUGACCUUUCAAUUCUGACCUCUAGACCCACUACACAGGGUUGCCAGCCAAUCAGUCAGUCACCAGGCUGAGUGGGGAAUGAAUGUGUGAACUGCAACAAGUCCACGUAGUGAAAAAAAACAGUAGAAGCACAAUUGAAAGGAGAGAGAGAUGAGAUGGAUGAAACAAGACGGGUCUAAUCUCCUGUGACAUCAUAGAGAGCCUCUGUGGCAUCAUAAAUAAGGAACCUCUGUGACAUCACAAAGCGCCUGUGUGACAUCACAGAGAACGUGUGACACGCUGGAAGACAUAAGAGUGAUGUCAUAACAGGUCCCAAAUGACUGUUAAGUUUUUUUAACAGUAACCUACAGUAUGCUGUGCAAGUACUGCAACCACACAACGAGGGACAAACUGGACAUACGUAGCAUCAUCACCAAACUGCAAGAAGCCUCACGCAAUGACAAUCUCCGCACUCAAAGCCAACCUGCUUGCUUUGAUAUAGCAUUUAAGUAACUAUUAUAUUUGAAAGUCCAUUAUUUUUUUGUUUUCAUUCAUAAUUUAUUUAUUGUCAUUCAUUAUUUAUUUGUUUUGAUGUAUUAUUUAUUUGUGAUGUUAUCGCUUUCAUUAUUGAUUCUGUAUGGUAUUGGUGUGGGGUGUGAAAAAGAGGAAUGUCGAGGGAAUGGGUGUGUUUACAAAAAGGAGGAUCCAUGUAGGUACACACACACACUCCAGAGUUGGCUGAAAGGUACAAUCAUGUUGAUUGUGUUAUUAUUUGGCUGGCUGAUCAGUCAGUGGAAGGUUUUAUUUGAUACUUCUAAUACAGAUUUCUGACAACUACUAAUACUCUGUUUUCCUCUCUCUCUCUCUCUCUCUCUCUCUCUCUAUCUCUCCACAUCUCUGAAUACGUGACAGGUGGUCUGGUCACAUGACCAACCCUCAGAUGAGGGGGCGGGGCUCUGAAUGUCAACAGUUUACAAAACCAAAAAAAGGAGGGAAAUGAUAUCCCAAAUGGCCUUUUCCCUCCAUAGUGCACUACAAGGGCUUAUAGGGCUCGGGUCAAAAGUAGUGCACUACGUAGGGAAUAGUGCCCUUCCCUUAGAGUUGUACUAUCUAGACGGACCGUAUAAAGGUUCAUCACUGUGUAUGAUAUUUUAUAAACCUAGUAGCUGAAUGCUGAUGUCUGCGUAUUACUUUUUUAAAUGGGGGAGUUGGGGGGGGUGACGCGGGGAGUGUACACUUUGAAUUAGCACACAAACCUACCAUUAUGUGGUUGUAAAAAAAUGGUGGCCAUUUAUAUUUACAGGCUGUGUCCCAAUGGAAGCCUAUUCCCAGUAUAGGGAACUACUUUUGAUUGUUCCCUAUAGAGCCCCAUGGGCCCUUGUCAAAAGUAGUGCACUGCAUAGGGAAUAGUAAGCUUACUAGUUGGUAGGCAGUUGCAGUUUUUCUAUCCACACUUAGUUUCUGGAAAGAGCUGUCAAACUCAUUCAAUCUGCAUGUUCACUGUUCAGAAAUUAGGAUUGUUUCCAACUUGAACACUACACACAUACAUGUGUUACCUGAUUUCAUGUGUUACCUGAUUUCACGUGUUACCUGAUUUCAUGUGUUACCUGAUUUCACGUGUUACCUGAUUUCACGUGUUACCUGAUUUCACGUGUUACCUGAUUUCAUGUGUUACCUGAUUUCAUGUGUUACCUGAUUUCAUGUGUUACCUGAUUUCACGUGUUACCUGAUUUCACGUGUUACCUGAUUUCACGUGUUACCUGAUUUCAUGUGUUACCUGAUUUCAUGUGUUACCUGAUUUCACGUGUUACCUGAUUUCACGUGUUACCUGAUUUCAUGUGUUACCUGAUUUCAUGUGUUACCUGAUUUCACGUGUUACAUGAAUUCACGUGUAAUCUGUUUUCAUGUGUUACCUGAUUUCAUGUGUUACCUGAUUUCACGUGUUACAUGAAUUCACGUGUAAUCUGAUUUCACGUGUAACCUGAUUUCAUGUGUUACCUGAUUUCGUGUCAUACCUGAUUUCACGUGUAACCUGAUUUCACGUGUAACCUGAUUUCACGUGUAACCUGAUUUCACGUGUAACCUGAUUUCAUGUGUAACCUGAUUUCAUGUGUUACCUGAUUUCACGUGUAACCUGAUUUCACGUGUAACCUGAUUUCACGUGUAACCUGAUUUCAUGUGUUACCUGAUUUCACGUGUAACCUGAUUUCACGUGAUACCGGAUUUCACGUGUGACCUGAUUUCACGUGUAACCUGAUUUCACGUGUUUCCUGAUUUCACAUGUAGCCUGAUUUCAUACAGCACAUUUCUAUAUGUUAAAUGUUUAAGUAACUGUUUGUCAUGGGAAAAAAUAUCUUAUUUUACAUAUUCAUAUUUCCUGUUGGGGAAAAGUUUGCUGAUCCAAAGCCAAUCUAGACAAAAUAGUUUCACAACUACUGUUUGUCCAGCAGGGUUGUGAUGAAUUCAAUUUCAGUUUGCAGUUAAUUCAGAAAGUAAACCAAAUUCCAAAUGUUCCUCAUUUAAAAGCAUUGACGAGAAUUGGAAUUACAAUUGGAAUUUCAGUGUAGUAUAUGAAUUGCCUGGAAUUGAAGUGGAAUGGAACCCAACGUUGAUGUUCACAUACUGCUUCUAGUUCUAUUAUACUUUAAUCCUAAAAUGAAGGCUGAAAUGUGUUUUUAUGUCCUCUCUGCUAUGCUUGCAAUAUUCCGGUUAAUUUUCUAGAAAUCCCAGUUGAAGGAUUCCAGAUUCCCUGCUUAAUACAUUACGAUUCUGGGAAUCUUUCAACCUGAGUUUUUGGAAAAACCUUGGAAUUUUGGGGGAAAUAAAGUUUCUGGAAUUUUGCUGGAAUUCCUACUUUCUGCUCAUUAAGCAUGCCCUACUAAACCAGAACUGCAUCUUUGAAACAUCAGGGAAAUAACUAACUAACUGCUGUAUGUGAAUGACUGAAUGAGUGAUGUCCGCCUAUGCUUUGUCAUGCUGUACUCCAACCAUUAAAAAUACUGAACUGUUAA